GUGCUUGUUUAAGUUUACAUCAGCCAUAACCUUAUGCAGUAUGACUCGAUUAUGCUCUUUCUAACUUAGCAAUCUGUCUGGUUUCUUUCUGCGAUUGAUGUGGAUUUUCAGUUGCAAUGCUCCUCAGUUUCUAGGCUUGCAGGGUCAAGCUAUGAGCAUAACAGAUAAAAAUUUGCCUCAAAGUUUGGUUUUACAGCUUGCAAUGGUUCACUCAUCCUGCAUCAUCUCACAUGAGUUGUGACUGGCUGAGAAAAGCCUGCUGUUUGUGUGAUUGGUGUGCUGUGCUUUCUAAAUGCUGCUGUGACAUGUUUGGUUGGCUGUCUCUUUUGAGCAGUACAACUGGUGCCUAUGACUGUGGACAAACACACUCCCCCCAGCGCUCUGUGAGGGUGGACCACCACACUGGCGUGUCAACUGACAGUCUGUUCAGGGACUAUGAUGACUCAGAGGACUCAGAUGAUGAGGUGGGCCACGCUGACCCUGUUCAAGAUGAUCUGUACGCCCGCAAGAUAGGCACCAAACCCCAGCCUCCAGCUUUGUCCCAUGACAAAUUCCUACCCAAAUUUUGGACACCUGAAGAGGACAUCCACAUUCAGAAAAUAAAACUGGGCUCACAGAAAAGACCCUGGUACAAGAAGAUGCAAGGACUCAGCUACAAGAAAUCAGACUCGUCUUCAGAUGAUUCGGACUGCGACAUCAGUCCGUGGCUCUCCUCGGGGCGCUCCUCCUCUGGUCCUUCUCAGUCCCUCUCAGAUAGGCCCUCUGCAGCUCACCCCACCCUGGUUGUGGGGAAAAGUUCCUAUAUUGAACCCAACUCCCCACCACUACAACUUCCUGUGAUACAAUCCCCUGUGUUAGAGCCACCUCCUUUAGUGUUUCCCCCUGUGGACCCCACCUCAGGUCCCAAGUUGGUCAAAUGUGAGAGAUGGCCCCUCUAUGGGCGCCAAGACCCCCGAGAGCCUCCUGACCAGUUGGACUAUGACAGCUUAUACCCUGACUUGGAGAAUGAUGACAUGUUUGCCAGAAGGACCCUUGCUUUUCAGUCUAACACAGAUCUGGCAAUGUUGAAAUUACCCAUCAGGCCUCCACGCUACUCAUCAGAACCCCAGCUAAAUAUUAUAACUCGAAAGCUUGACCGCAACAGCACAGAGGAGGGGGAGGAGGAGGUCUUCCCUGACAUAGAAGAAGAUGAUGUGGUUUAUCGUAAGGAAAAAACAUCCCACGAGCAGCGCCCCCUAUCCGGUGCCCCAGAUAACUACAGCCCCAUGCCUAUCCCAGAACCUUGGACUCUACCUCCUGAAUUAAAAGCCAAACUCCUUUGCCCUCCAUGCCCUUUAACCCAGGAAAUAGAACACAAUAAAGCAAAUAAACUUGAUAAAGAGAUGCGCCCUGAUACGGAUGAUAUGCUGGUUCGCAAGCUGGAGGUGUGCAAUAGAGUUGCUUUGACCAAUCAAAAGGGUCCAUCAGUGCCUUCGACCUGUAGUGAGGAGGAUUUGCAAAAAUGGCAGACUAUCAGAGAAGCCAGUCAGCUUAAACACAGGAAGAAGCUUUUGCUGGAAAGACUGGCUGCAUUAAGGACAUAGAUAGACUUGACUGGACGGGAACAGAUUUUACGUCUGUGGACAUUGGUACUUUUCCAUUACAAAGAUUGGAUGAUGUGUUAUAUUUUUGUUGGAGACAACGAUUGUCCUGCUUGUUGUGUUACAAUGGGAGAGGUGGUGCCAAAUGAAUCAUUCAGACUUGUCCAAUAGAAUGACUGUAUUGUGGAUUUGUUGUAUUUUCUUUUCUGUAUUUUACCAACAAACUAUAUUUAAGAAGAAUGAAGUUAUGUUAAGUUAUUAAUAUAUGACAAAAAUAUAUGACAAGAAUAUAUGAAAAUAAAUCUGUCAGUAAAGAUAAGCUAGUUUUUGAACAAUGACACUGGAAUUUACAGUAUUCAUGAUAAUGCAAUGUGUGUUUAAAGUUUGGUUUAUGAACAAAGUAAUAAUGAGAAGGGAACGUAAUGUUACAAAUAAAUGCACAGUAUACAUUUG